AGUCUCUUGCGGUCUUCUACCUGGUUAACAUCUCAAAAAAGAAAUAAAGUGGCGAGAAGUUGUGAAUUAAGAAAAAAAGAACCAGAAAAUUACGCAAUCGGUUUCUUCUUUUUGUAACAAUGGCUAAAGAAUACGAUCAAUAUGAGUGCAAUCUAAGUGAAGAAUUAAAGAAGAAAGCUUGGGAUAAUUUGCGUGAAGAUGAGACCUUACGUACGCAGGCUCUGGAACAAUUCAGAGAAUGGAUUGAGAAACAUCCGAAAAUUAAGAGGUGUAGAAUGGAUGCAAAUUUUCUCUUGAGAUUUCUGAGAACAAAGAAAUUUUCCGUUCCUGAUGCUAUUCAACUUCUGGAAAAGUACCUAACAACACGUAAGGUUCUUCCGCAACUCUUCGACAAACUCUCUCUUGAUGAUCCAGCAAUCCACCAUUUAAUCUCCAAGGGUAGUGUACUGCUUCUACCAGAACCGGACAAAGAAGGACGUCUUGUGAUCACUUUCGAUCCAGAGGAAUACGAUGUGAAUAAGUAUACAACUGUGGAUGGAAUUCGUGCAACAAAUCUUAUAUUGGAGCUUGCAAAUCUCGAUGAAAGAGCCCAAAUUUGUGGAAUAGUUCACGUAAUGGAUUGGAGUAAGUUAACCUUGCCGUUUAUGGGAAUGUGGACAGUGACGCAAACCAAGAAUUUCACUCGAUGCUGGCAGAAAACUUUCCCCUUGCGCCAUGGAGCUUUUUUCUUCGUCAACAUGCCUGCAUUUUCAGUAGCUUUCUCAAAGCUCGUAUUCUCGUGUCUCAGUGCUAAGCUUCGUGAUCGCAUUCAUGUGGUCAAGAAUUGGGAGAAUGUCCAUGAAAAACUCGGUUCAUCAAUCUUACCACAGGACUGUGGUGGAAAAUUACCUCGAUUAGAAUUGGCUAAAAAAGUAAUGGAACUUGCUGAGAAGCAUCGUGAGGAAAUACUUUCCCUCAAUGAUUUCGAUAUUGAAGUCUCUAACAGUGAUCUCAACUUCGGCGACAGCUACGAUGCUGAUCUCGACUCAGCAAUUGUGGGAAGUUUCAGGAAAAUCAACGUGGAUUAAUGAUAGCUUACGCUUAUAAAUACAUUAGUGAGCUUUGUAUUUUUUAUCUACAUAUGUAUGUAUAUCGUUGUUAUAUGCGAAUUGCAAAAUUAAAAUUUAUAUAAAAAUGGAAAUGGAAGAAUACAAUAUAAUAUUGUAUUCAUGCAGCUUAGGUGUUUGACUUGAUGCUUGAAGGUCAAGAAAUUUUCGCACCAGGGAUCAUAAAUAAAAAUAUCAUUGGUUUUAUAUAAACAAAAAAAAAAGAAGAAAAAGAGAAAAUACUCUGCGUUGAUACCACUGCUU